AUGGGUCUCCUUUCGCUAGGAACGCCCAUGGAGUGGAAGGAUGCCCAACCCCUGGCAUCCCACGUCCGCAAGCACGGCAUCCAGCAGUUCCUUUCGCUGUGGAACAAGAUCAAGGAUCGACGCGGCGACAUUUUGCUGUGGGGAGACGAGAUCGAGUACAUUGUCGUCUCGUUUGACGAAGAGACGCAGAAUGCCAAGCUCUCGCUCAGGCAGGAAGAGAUCCUCAAGGUGCUCUCUGCCAGCGACCAGGAAACGCGGGAGUCUGCACCUGGACUGGCCGGGCAGAUCCCAACCUUCCACCCCGAGUUCGGCCGCUUCAUGCUCGAGUCGACUCCGGGAUCCCCAUACGGUGCUAGUCCGAAGGAGUUGCGAGGUGUCGAGCGCAACAUGCGUCUGCGAAGGCAAAUCGCUCGUUCUCACCUCAAGCCCAACGAGCUGCCCAUCACACUCACCUCGUACCCUCGACUAGGCGUCACCGAUGCACCGUUCACGGAACCUCACUACGAAGCAAAAGGCAACGCCUCUCGGUCUAUGUUCUUGCCGGACGAGCUCAUCAACCCGCACGCUCGAUUUCCCACGUUGGCAGCCAACAUCCGCAAACGUAGGGGAUCCAAGGUCGCCAUCAACAUGCCCAUCUUCAAGGACGUCAAUACACCGUCACCCUUCAUCGACCCGAGCAUCCCCUGGGAUCGUGAUCUGUUUCCAGAGGAUGCCGAGGCGAAAGCAGGUGCGGCCAAGCCGGAUCACAUCUACAUGGACGCUAUGGGAUUCGGCAUGGGCUGCUGUUGUCUCCAGGUCACCUUCCAAGCAUGCUCCGUGCAGGAAGCACGUACGGUCUACGACCAGCUCAUUCCCGUCGGACCCCUUCUCCUCGCAUUGACAGCUGCAUCGCCAGCAUACCGCGGCUAUCUCGCCGACGUGGACUGCCGAUGGAACGUCAUCUCGGCCGCCGUCGACGACCGCACACCGCAGGAACGAGGCGAACCUGCACUGCCCCUUCCCGGUCACACACCACGCGGAGGAUUGGAUCGAGAUGCGGAGAAGAUCCCCAAAUCCAGAUACGACUCGGUGGACUCCUACAUCUCGCAAGAUCCUCUCAACCGUCGCAGUUACAACGACAACCCUCUACCCAUCAACGCCGACGUCAAGCAGCAGCUCCGAGAAGCAGGGGUCGACGAUCUGCUCUCGGACCACCUCGCACACCUAUUCAUCCGCGAUCCGCUGGUCAUCUUCAGCGAGAUGGUAGACCAGGACGACGAGACGAGUACGGAUCACUUUGAAAACCUGCAGUCGACGAAUUGGCAGACGAUGCGGUUCAAACCUCCGCCACCGGGCGGAAGGAUCGGAUGGAGGGUCGAGUUCCGAAGCAUGGAGGUGCAGAUCACGGACUUCGAGAAUGCGGCGUUCUCCGUCUUCAUCGUACUGCUGACCAGGGCGAUCCUGAGUUUCGGGUUGAACUUCUACAUGCCCUUGACGAAGGUCGACGAGAACAUGGCUAGGGCGCAUGUGAGGGAUGCGGUGAAUGGGGAGAAGUUUUGGUUUAGGAAGGAGGUGUACAGGACGAGGAAUCGCCAUGCUUCGCGACAGGCCUCGCGGCAGGUUUCGAGAUGUAGCUCGGCGGAGAAUCUGCAGGGUGGAACGAGACAAGCCAAUGGGAUCGUCAAUGGAAAUGGAAACGGUCGAUCAAGUCCGCAGAGCAUCGCCUCGUCUUCCGACGGUAUCGAGGAAGAGGAGUAUGCGGAAUACACCAUGGACGAGCUCAUGAACGGCAAAGGCGACGAGUUCCCCGGCCUAGUCGGUCUCGUGCACAACUACCUCGACAGUCUCAACAUCGACGUGGAGACGCGGUGCGAGAUGGGAUUGUAUUUGGAGCUGGUAUCGCAGCGUGCGAGCGGCAAGCUGAUGACCACGGCGAGUUGGAUCAGGCAGUACGUGAGGAACCACAAGGACUACAAGGGCGAUUCGGUGGUGAGUCAAAAGAUCAAUUACGACAUGAUCAAGCAGCUGGAUCUGAUCGAAAGGGGAGAGGUUGAGGCGCCGGGCUUCUUGCCGAGAGGAUACGCGCAGAGGAGAAAGAGCCAGGAGACCAAGCCCGAUCUGAGGGCGUGA